CUUUAGGACCCAGCGGCGCCGCUCAUGUGAACCUUUAGACAGCAGCAAUGUUAUGGCAGCCGUUACCUGCGCGCUACUGACCCGACAGCCCUGAGCUUUUAAUCUAUAGAUUAAUACACUCCUGUACUCAUGCUGUGCUGCUGCUAGUUGUAUCGAGACGCGUUCAGGGACCGCAGGAAGCGACUCGUCGCUCAGCUCUCUCGGAUGGAGCACAUCCGACUACCGAAGGUGGAGAACGUCAGGCUGCUUGACAGAGUCUCCCCCAGAAGAAGUAGGGUGGGCACCCUCUACCUGACGGCCACGCACACCAUCUUUGUGGAGAACGAGGCUGGAGUGCGCAAUGAAACCUGGGUGCUUCACAGUCUGGUGUUCAGCGUGGAGAUGCAAGCCGCCUCGGCCUCGGGAUGCUCUCUGCUCGUCCGCUGCAAGAACUUCCAGGUCCUUCACUUCGUCGUCCCCCGGGAGCGGGAGUGCCACGAUGUCCACCUGUCCCUGCAGCGUCUCUCCCAGCCAGAGCGCUGCGAGGAGCUGUACUGCUUCUCCUAUAAACCCAACGUCGACGAGGCGGAGAGGCGGCAGGAAUGGGACUUUUUGGACCCCAAGGCUGAUUACAGCAGAAUGGGACUCCCCAACUCCCUGUGGAAAUUCUCCCCCAUCAACCAACACUACAAGGUGAGCGACACGUACCCCGCCGACCUGUUCGUGCCUCAGUCCGCCACGCCGCCCGUCAUCGUGGGGAGCUCCAAGUUCAGGAGCAGAGGCCGAUUUCCUACUCUGUCGUACUACUCCAAGGAAAAUCACGCCGCCAUCUGCCGCAGCAGCCAGCCGCUGUCGGGCUUCAGCGCUCGCUGCCUGGAGGACGAACAGAUGCUGGAGGCCAUCUUGAGGUCCAAUCCCCGCAGCGACUUCAUGUAUGUGGUGGACACCCGGCCCAAGGUGUACCAGCUGGACGUGUUCACAGCAGAGCCUCCAACACAUCCGGGCUCGGUGCUCGUUGGAGCACGGUCCGGAUUGUGUAACUCACAUCUGAACGCCAUCGCAAACCGAGCUGCAGGAAAAGGCUACGAAAACGAGGACAACUACUCCAACAUUAAAUUCCAGUUCAUCGGCAUCGAGAACAUCCACGUCAUGAGGAACAGCCAGCAGAAAAUGCUGGAGGUGUGUGAGCGGCGCUCCCCCUCCAUGUCCGACUUCCUGGAAGGUCUGGAGAGCUCCGGCUGGCUGAAGCACAUCAAAGCUGCUCUGGAUGCAGGCAUCUUCAUCGCCAAGGCUGUUGCAGAGGAGGGUGUCAGUGUCCUGGUGCACUGUUCAGACGGUUGGGACCGCACUGCCCAGGUGUGUUCAGUGGCCUCUGUGCUGCUGGACCCUCACUACAGGACCCUCAGAGGACUCAUGGUUCUCAUCGAGAAGGACUGGCUCUCCUUUGGACACAAGUUCUCUCACAGGUGCAACCACCUGGUGGGAGACCCGAAGGAGGUGUCCCCCGUCAUGGAUCAGUUCCUGGAGUGCGUGUGGCAGCUCAUGGAGCAGUUCCCCUGCGCCUUCGAGUUCAACGCCCGGUUCCUCAUCACCAUCCACAGCCACGUCUACUCCUGCCAGUACGGCAACUUCAUUGGCAACAACCAGCGGGAGAGGGUGGAGCUGGGGUUGCGUGAGAGGACUCACUCUUUGUGGAGUUAUCUGUGGAAGAACCAGACGGACUACAUCAACCCUCUGUACCGACCGGACCACAGCCAGACACAGGGGCUCCUCCGGCCCUCUACUGCCCCCUACUGCUUCAAGUCUUGGAGGGGGCUGUACAACCGGUUUGACCCCGGGAUGCACCCUCGACAGUCCGUGGAGGAUUACCUGAGCGCCAUCCAGCAGGAGACGCAGCAGCUGGAGGAGCAGCUGGCUUCACACAAACAGAAAAUUGCUCAGCUGGAGCAGGACCAGGACCAGGAGGGGAGCGUCUCAUUUGACACGAGCCCCACAGCGUGGGCUCUCGGCCGGGACCUGGGUCUGGCCAACACUCCUCAGGACUACACCGGGUGCUUCGUCCCCGGCAGCCCCCGCCAGCCGGAAUCAGCGAACGGCAGCCCGGUCUUCCCGACCCAGGACUCCAACCUGUCCAGCGGCAGCGACCAGGAGUCCGGGAUCGGCGAGGACAGCGCCAAGGACCCCGACUCCGACGAGGCCGCCUACUCGGCCGCCUGAGGCAAAUGUCGCGUCUGAUGGGAGGUGAAGCGGCGGCCGGCCGUCCACCGUGCCACUGAGCAGACCUCGGCAUCCACCGUGUGACCCAGAUCAGCUAUUGGCUUUAAACGUGUGCGUUCGGGUGACUCGCACUUUUGUUUACGUGUGCUGUGGCGGAUUCUCUCUGUUGCCACACGCAUAAGAGUUGACCGUUGUUUACUGUAGUGGACCACAUGUCACCCCUCGACUCCCUUUCCCCGGGGAGGAGCAACGCUGGAUAUCUCUCACUGUCACGUCUGUCGUUGAAGGCCGACUUAAUACACGAGAGUUAAUACACGAUAAGUUUCAUAUUGGAGACAUUUCAAGAUUUGAUUGAAGCCUCUGCAUGAAAAAACAAUCGAACAAAGUCAAGAGUGAGUUUACGAACAAUUCAAUUCAUAAUUCAAUGUAGGCGUGCAAGUGUGUCAACACAUCAAGCUAAAAAUGAACCAUUUAGCUGUAAUCCUUGUAAACGUAUGAAUAACAACCAGAGCUCCAAAGAGACAUAAUCACCACCUUAGUUGCAUUGUUUGUGCUUAAAGAUGGCAGAUGAUGAUGAUGAUAAUAAGGGAGAGGAGGGGGGGGACAUGACAGGUGUGUCGAUAAUGCAGGCUGUGUGUCACAUGGGGCUGAUUGGCAUUCAGAAUGACUCGCCUCCGUAGCAAAGAUUUGUUUUUCCUUUUUCUGUGAAAUGUUUUUGCUGAAUUUUAAAAUAGCUAAUAUUUCAAGUUAAAAAUGUCAAAGCAGCGCUGCCUCAACCCUAAAGGGCAUUUAUAGCCACUGAACCAAGCUCACUGAGCGCCUCACAGCGACCUCUGCUGGGGGGUCGGAGUCAUUACACUACAAUGACCCAGUGGGCAGUUGUGGUAGAUUGACACCUUGGGGGUCCACACACACCUGGGGUUUUUAACUUGAUGCACCAUGUCUUCGCUUUUAACUUUUAUUUGAACAAGCAAGUCAUUACAUUUCUUGCCACGAUAUUUAAAAAACUGAUUUGCUUCGAUCAAACAAAGGCAAUUUUCUUUUAUAUAAAAAAAGUGAGAGUGCUACUGAUGACUGAGCAUGCAGACAAACACAUUGCUGCUUUUGGGCUGCAGGUUACCGACUGACAUUUUGACUAUUGCCGUCAACUCAACUGUAAAUGUAUUGAAUUAGAACACAUUAGGUUCGCUCCAAUACUAACUGAACAACGCCAAGGGUAUCGAGCAAAGCAUGUUAAGAUUGUUGUACUAUGAUGUAUGUUUUUUUGACUACUUGCUUCAGUGCAUGUUUUUAUUUGUAUGAAAGGGAUUAGAAAUGUCCGGUCGUAUAAAGUCUGACCUCAUUUUAAAGAAAGAGCUUUAUGUUGCUGCGUUUGUGUUAAAUGUGGAAUAAGAGCGAAAUGUGUGCGUGUGUAAUUUGUUUAUUUUAAUUUUAAAUAAAUAAAUCCAUUCGUGUCAA